CAGAUCUUUCCUCUAAUUUGCCUACUUCUCCUCCAAGCCGCCCUUCUCACCCUCGGUGCUCCGCGACGGGCCCUCUCACCUCCCCAGCAGCGAGAAAGCAUCCUCGAUAUGGACUUCAACGGAGACGGGGAAGAUAUGGUCAGAGAGAUUCUCAACCGGCCCUAUAGCACGAGACACAACGACGGCAGCGAUAGUAACAAGCCCUUUUAUGGUGUCCGCUUCUCCGAGAGCGAUGAGGGCAGAGUGCGCGUGGCGCGGGGUGAUCCGAUCAACAUGGAGGCAUCACGGGCGGUUAUCGAGGAACAUGAUCUAGAGUGGACGUUAAUCGAGGAGGUUGAGGUUGACGACGACCUUUCCGAGGACAGGGAGGAUGAAGUUGUCAGGAGAGUCCACGACCAAGGCACCUGGGAUAUAGAUGCGUACUCUGAUCCUGAAGGUGGCUCCGAUGGUUGGAAGAGAUCUACGCCCUCUGUUGAGCGAGCAAACACCACCACCACCAACGGAACUCAUCGCCAACACCCAGCAGACCUCCUCAACACUCUCAAUCGCAGCAACGCAAGCCCGCUAGCAUGGGAUCUACCCACCACCAACACCUCCUCCUCCUCCCUCCAAAAGCGCGGAGAAACAGACUGGACCUGCAACCGCAUCGGCCAAAGAAACACCAAAGAAGCUCUGUUGAUCAUGUACGACGUCUUCAACGACGUCUUCGGCACCGAGCCCCUACGGGGCCUAACGAACCAGUGUUAUGUCGCAGAGUGCCAGGACUGGUAUUUCAGUUACUGCCAAAUGUUGGUCGAUGUUAAAGAGGAGAGGCCUGGUGCGCGAAAGAAGGUGAUUGAUCGCGACCCGGGGAAGGGAGGGUCGUGUUAUGCGGUCGCGGACGGGGAGAAUUCGAAUCGGUAUCAUCGGUACUUUUUCGGACAUGUGAGCGCGAAUCCGAUUCCGAAUUAUGGUGGGGGGUUUAAUGUCAGGAGGUGUAAUUGA